GACGGCGCCUGGCACACGGUGCGCCUCGAGCGCCACGGACACAACCUGCUCGUCGCGGUCGACGACGGCGACGGCUGGCGGAGGAACGAGAGCCUGGCGUCCUUCCUCACGAGCGCCCACGCGGGCGACAUGCGGCCGGUGCUCGAGGGCACGCCCAUGCCCAUCAUGGUAGACAAGCAGGACUGCUGUGUGGUGGGCGGCCAGCCGGAGUUCGAGGGCGAGGUACUUGUCGCCGUCAACGAUGACCUCAGGGAAAGCUGUGUGGACGACCUCCGGGUAUCUGGCCAUGCGAUACCACUCUCAGUCAUGGAGAACGACACCCGGUGGGGCCAAGUGAUCAACCAACAGCAGGUAGAGAGAGGCUGUCCAUCUCCUGACCUGUGUACCAAUACCACCUGUGCCCCUCCUCUCAACUGUCACAAUUCGUGGGCUCAUGCUGCGUGCAGCUGCGGCGCGGGGCGGCACCUGGUGGGGCGUGUGUGCCGCGACGUGGACGAGUGCCAGUUCGAGCCCUGCCUGCACGGGGGAACCUGCUACAACGCCGACCCGGGAUACCAGUGUGCGUGCGCGCCCUCGUUCGCCGGAGACAACUGUCAGUGGGCUAAGCUUCCCCCUCACGCCCACUCUCUCACGCCGCCCAUGAUCAUCGCGGCCAUCGCCCUCUCCUCCAUUCUCAUGGUCGUCCUGCUCGUCCUGGUCACCCUGCGCAUGCGUCGAUGCAGCGGCGGCCGCGGCGUCACGCUGAGGUGCGAGGGCGUCGAGGGCCUGACGAGCCCCACGGGGACGCCGGUCUCCCUCCAGGGGGACGUCGAGUACCUGCAGACGACGCCCUCCCACGACGAACACGUGUUUCUGGAGGCGAUAAAGAUAAAGAUCCCGGGCAGCCGACUUCUUCGCCUCGUAGGUAAGUCUCCUCCCGUGUCCCACACUUGCACCACGACUCUGGCCGUCGACGAGCCCAUGGUGAAGGAGGUGAGCGUGAUCAUCCCCUCGACGUCAAAGGGCAGCCCCAACAAGGACUCCGAGAGAGAAAAGGCCCAGUCGAUAUCAAGGCGGUGCUCGGCCUCAUCUCUCAUCGGGGACACUGGCGUGGCCAAGAGACUGAGCCUUCCGAGGGUGAUAGGAUCCCCCGUCUCGACAGGGGAGUGCCUGCAGGUGACGUUGGCGCCGAGGAUGAGCUCCGCGCAGCCGCUCCUGCCGCAGGACGACCUCAGAGCCUAUGCAUAUGAGGGGGACGGUUCGCCCUCCGGCUCACUAACAUCUACUGUUUUAGGUCUCCGCGCGGAAUCCCUUGAGGACGAGAACGUGAGACCACUUCUGCCGGAGUACGGGGAGGUGUUCGAUCUCUUAAGAAACCUCCCAGACGCUGUGGUUUCCUCGAGCCACGCGAAAGGCCAGACAAACAAAGCAAGUAAAGAAGAAGGGGCUAAAAAUGGCAACAGCAGCUGCAGUUCCCACAAACAAAUACAUUCCCCCAAAUCCCCGGUGGUGAAAGUAAGCUCGGGAACGCUUAAGGCAUCCAGCACGGGGAAAGAAAGUGUACAGGAGGAAGCUGAGGCUGAGGUUCUGCCGAGAACACAAAGCUUAACGACCUCCAGCUUAAAGCGUAGUUCGACCAGUGGCCAAGGUCGACCUCCUAAGACUCAGACUCAGACUCAAACCUUGAGAAAAAAGUCGCUAGAACAUUCAAGCGUUUGUUGAUUUCUUUUCUUUUUCUUCUUCUUCUCCUUCACUUCCCAAUUCCUUCGUUGUUUCUUCGUUUCAAUUUCUUGUUUCCUGUAAAACUUUGUGAUUACUUGAAAAAUCUUUAAGCUGCUGGAGGCUGUGAUACUUGACAUUCCUUUAAGUAAUGAGAUUAUUAGUGUUUUAUAUGAAGAAAACCCACGUAUGGAUUUGUAGACAUUUAUGCACAUG